CCUUGGGGCGCCGGACGCUCGGGGCCGCUGACCCGCUCCCGGAGCUGGUCCACGUUGGUCCCGGUCUUUGUUCUGGGUCGGCGCCGGGACAUGCGCCGCUGAGGAUGGAGGUGGAGGAUUCGGGCGGCGUGGUGCUGACCGCCUACCACUCGCACGCGCGCUCGCAACCGCAGGGCGCGGAGCCACGCUGCGCGUCCCGGGCCAGCCAUCCGCUCAGCAGAAAAUCCAUUCCUCGCUGCCGGAGAAUCAACAGGAUGCUCUCCAAUGAAUCCCUGCAUCCUCCCACCUUUAGCCGCUCCAACUCUCAAGCCUCUGUAGACAGCAGCACAUCUGUGGAAGAGUUCUGGCGGGAAAUCGAGAGUAUCAAAGAAAGCAACAUGGGGGUGCAGGAGGAGCAGCCGCCCACAGCCACCGCUGAGGUCAAGCCUGUGGAUGAAGGAGAACUUGAAGCAGAGUGGUUACAAGAUGUAGGAUUGUCAACUCUGAUCUCCGGUAAUGAAGAGGAAGACGGCAAAGCGCUCCUGUCUACGUUGACUCGGACACAAGCAGCUGCAGUGAAAAAGAGAUACAACACAUAUACCCAGACUCUGAGGAAGAAGAGUAAACAACCCGUCAGGGAUGUCAGAGACGUCUUCGGAGUCAGUGAAUCUCCUCCUAGUGAUUCUUGUGAGCAUGCUACUCAGUUGGAUGGUACCAAGGAAGAAAAAGAUCUGCCAGGAGUUACCAAGACAAACAGACCUCUGCCAGAUGAUGCAUCUCUCAACAGUACCACCCUAUCCAAUGGUGCACAAGAUGAAGAAGGCGGGUUUGUGGCCCUUCAGAGUGGAUCUGUGUCAAUACUUGAGGCUAUCCCAGAUAUUUCUGUUCACACCAAUGGAUCUGCCGGUGCUGAGCAGCCGGUUCAGAGUGUGUUGAGAGAUGAUGAGUAUCUAGAGAAAAACAUUCCACCAGAGGCUGAAGAGCUCUCCUUUGAGGUAUCUUAUUCAGAAAUGGUGACAGAGACCCCAGACAGAAAUAAGUGGAAGAAGUCGGACAUUAAGAAAGAAGACUAUGUCUUAACUAAAUUUAUUGUUCAGAAAACAAGAUUUGGGUUGACUGAGACGGGGGACCUGUCUGCCGAAGACAUGAAGAAAAUCCGCCACCUCUCUCUCAUUGAGCUGACGGCCUUCUUCGAUGCUUUCGGGAUACAACUGAAGAGAAACAAAACAGAGCGAGUGAGAGGCCGAGACAACGGGAUUUUCGGAGUGCCACUGACAGUCCUCCUGGACAACGACCGGAAGAAGGACCCUGAAGUGAAAGUUCCCCUUGUGUUACAAAAAUUUUUUCAGAAAGUCGAGGAGUCGGGUCUGGAAUCCGAAGGAAUCUUUCGGCUCUCGGGAUGCACUGCCAAAGUCAAGCAGUACCGUGAAGAACUGGAUGCCAGGUUCAACGCUGACAAGUUCAAGUGGGACAAGAUGUGUCACAGAGAAGCUGCGGUCAUGUUGAAAGCAUUCUUCAGAGAACUGCCCACCUCUCUCUUCCCUGUUGAAUAUAUACCCGCCUUCAUCUCUCUGAUGGAAAGAGGGCCUGACAUCAAAAUGCAGUUUCAAGCCUUGCAUCUCAUGGUCAUGGCCCUGCCUGACGCCAACAGGGACACAGCCCAGGCUCUGAUGACAUUCUUCAAUAAAGUGAUCGCCAACGAAUCCAAGAAUCGUAUGAGCCUGUGGAACAUCUCCACAGUGAUGGCGCCCAACCUGUUCUUCAGCAGAAGCAAGCACUCUGACUACGAGGAACUGCUGCUGGCCAACACUGCAGCCCACAUCAUCCGCCUGAUGCUGAAGUACCAGAAGAUUCUGUGGAAGGUCCCAUCUUUCUUGAUCACCCAAGUAAGAAGGAUGAAUGAAGCCACCAUGCUGUUGAAGAAGCAGCUCCCGAGUGUGAAGAAGCUGCUCAGGAGGAAGACCCUGGAGCGGGAGGUUUCAAACCCCAAGACCUCAAAGGUACCACAAAAAUCACCUUCCUCAAGAAGAAUGUCUGAUGUGCCAGAAGGUGUCAUAAGGGUCCACGCUCCGCUUCUGUCCAAAGUGUCGAUGGCUAUUCAGCUCAACAGCCAGACCAAAGCAAAAGAUAUCCUGGCGAAAUUUCAGUAUGAGAGCAGUCACAGUUCAUCUGAACGUAUUAAGAUGCAGAACCAGAGGUUAUACGAAGUUGGAGGAAACAUAGGACAACACUGUUUAGAUCCUGAUGCAUAUAUAUUGGAUGUGUAUCAUGUAAAUCCACAUGCAGAAUGGGUCAUCAAGCCCUAGACAAGUCUUUAAAAUACACCCAGGAUGGUUCCUGCCCUAUAUUACAUGCCAAGAAGAUCAUGCAUUUGUAGGAAAAACACUGCCCUGAAGUAUUUGCUCCUGUAAUCCUGGUUCUCCUGGAGGGGCCAUGCUGCCAGCUCUGCCAAUAUGAACUACAGAGGAGGAGCUGGGUUCACACGGAGCUCAACUUUCUUAUCACAGUUACCCAGUAACAAGGUGAGACCCAAAGGAAAGGCCAUCGUUACUCACAGAGGAGCUAUGUAGCAGAAGUAGACUUGGCCCUGUGGCUGGGAAGAGGCUGCACUUCUGAUGUGAAACAUACAAUAUUUAUGCUCUGACUUGCUCCUAGAUUGGAGGAGGGCCUUCAGUCUAAAGACCACUGUGGACCGUGUCAUUCUGUGCAGCACACUCUGAGGACUUGCUUGCACCGUGGUGCAAAGAAACUUUCCCUAAGCCCUGAGUGUUCAGAUGCGACCUUAUGACUCCAUGUUCCAUGGGCACAGAUCCUCAUGGCCAAGCCCCACUUGGCAAAGGGCAUCUUGUGCAUCCAGAACUUCCCUGUGGUCCACAGACAUGGCGUCUUUUCUUUCUCUUCUCAGUUUUUUGGUGCUCAGUGGAUAAAUUGCCUUUCACACAUCAACAUGGAUUUUCUUUACGGAUCACUUUUUUUUUUUUUUAUGUUUCACAAUGAUAGCCAUGUCUGUAGCCCCAAACCAAAAAAUAAGGAAAUGUAUUUAUCCAUCCGUGCUGAAAAUACCAUUAGGCCUAGAAUUUAUAAGUUGCAAAAGUUCAUUGUGCUCUUAGAUCAUUAACCAGAGACGUGGCCAAGCACCAUGGACUGGCACUGGGCUGUGGAAGCUGGAGACCAACUUACUGUCAGCAUCUUGUACAACCAUUGUCUAGAUGUGCAGCGGGAGACAUUCAGUCCUCCUGGUUCUAACGGGAACACAUCUACAAUGCGAGAGACAGGACAGCUCCUCGUUUCAUCUCAGAGAUUGUAGCUAGAGUCCUCAUCCAGAACCGUGUGCCUCCUCUUGGACUCCACAGUCUGAUGGUUUGAUGGACUUAACAGCAGUGACAACAUUUAAGACUUGUGUGACUCUCUGUCAGUUCAAGCAAAGUUGAAUUACAGAUGCAGAAGAACCCUUCCCUUACCUUUGUACCCCCGUGUCCGGAUGUAAUACAAGGACACUAACUGCAUGUGCAGAGGAGAUCUCCUAUGCUGUGCCUGAUACUGAAACAGAACAUUCUUCACUCCCACAGUCAGGCCAUCUUAUUGUGGAAGCAAGGUUCUCUUAACAGCCAACGGACAGAUCAUUUUAUUUCUCACCUUCAGGAGUUUGCUGCACUUUUCUAGAAACCCAAAAACCGGUUUGUUUGACCUAUUUAUGAAUUUCUAUUUUCUUCCUCUUAAGAACCCACUAGCAACCAAAUGUGUCCUGCAGAGGUUUCUGUGUGUCCCAGUGUUUGACCAGUUUCUAGUGCCUGGAAGCCGUCCUUCUAGAGCGUUGCUGUGCUUCCUAUAAAUACCUGGAACUUUUCCCAAGUUUCUUUGCAUUAGGAUCAUUCAGCUCUGUAGUAUUUAUAUAGAAGAUGCAGUCUUCAAGAGUUUCCAUUUCAUUUGGCUGGAAACACAUUAGAACCUAUGCACUAGCUUUAGUCACAAGUCUUGAGAAGCGGCCGGGAGGUGGCGGGUAGUACCACAGGAAGGUCAGCACUUCAUACCCACUCGUUGUGUAGCUUCGGAUGCAGAGUCUUAGCAGUAAGUUGAAAUUAAUCAUUUAAGCUUAUUCAGGAAUGGGACAACCGUCAAAUAACUGUGUCGUAUGAAGGAUAAUGUCCAUAUCAAGGUCAACGUUGGCUGUGACUUUUCCUUCCCAGUCACACAGUUAAUUGACUAGAGAAGUUACAGAAGACACACAAACUAAUGUUUGUGUGGUUAAAGGGUUUCUUUUAUUAAUCUUGCUCUGGAAGAAUAGAAAUUUCAAUUAAAAUCUAAAAUGCCUGCCACGUCAGUAUUGAAAGAACUUUGGCCUUUUUAAGAGUUAGUUUUCAAAAGCUGAGUAGCCAGACUCUUACUUUGCCCACAAAAGAGACGGAUGGUGAAAGACAUUCUUCCUAAGUGUCUCACCUUUACCGUAAAGUGCUCUUGAUACACAAAUAAAGAAUGUCAUCCAGGAAAGUGUUAAAGGAAAUGACCUGUAGGAAACACAUUCAGGAAGACUCCUCCAUCUGCCAUGGUUGCACAGCAAUUCCUCCUGAGAGGCCCUUCCUGAGGUAGCUCAGCUGGGACAUGGUUCUUCUAGCCAGAGCUUGAACGAACUGGAAUACCAAUUCCUUACGGUGUCUGUGUGCAGUAUAAACUACCUCACCAGCCUUUCUUGGGGAAAAGAAUCAAGUAGACGUUAACUUUUCUUUUUUUUUUUUAAUCUGUUCAGCUGUCCCUGGGUCUGACUUUAGUCACUGCAGUUAGCAUUCAGUGUGUGUUUUGAUCACAUCAUUCACACUGUAAAUGAAUUCUAGUGAAAGCAUCAAAACAAACAUUCCCUGGAAGUGUGCGCUGCGGUGUGCUAUGAGGGAGUCCCUGUGUGUCCCUGACAGGCUGCUUGUGUUUCUAACCAUGCGGGGACACAGGUUGUCGGGAACUGGUGUCCAUCUUUUCUGGCAGUGUUUCUCACUGCUGUCCAUGGAUUUCAUUUGACUGAAAACUGAGGAGACGAAACUGUCUCUCUCUCUCUAGCAAGUGUGUUUUAAGUCUUUUUCAUGUGUACGUCUGACUUGCCUGGAAAGACUGUACAUUAGGGGAUUGAUACUCCUCUUGACAGGCAUUUUCAACUAUUUUCCAUAAAUAUGCCACUUAAUAAAACGUAAUAUGACAUGGGAUUAAAGUGUUUCUUUCAAGUAUGUUACCGUCUUACACACUUUUAUCUCAUUUGAAAAUGCCACCUUUUAGGCAUAUAAAGCUCUGUGAUUUAUUUAGGAAAAAUAAUACAACAGUGGAAAUGCCAGUAUUGUGUGUUUUCUCCUCAAGGUAAGAAUAUUGAAUCUUUGUUCCAUCAACUCUUAUUAAAUAGGGUGUGGG